ACGAUUUUUAAAAAUGUUACAAAGAGCAGCAUUGAUUGUCAUUGCACAUUACAUAAUUUAAAACUACCAAACGCGUGCGAUGCUCUGAAGAAAAAUCAUGAUUCCAUUUCCAAUACAUUCUCAAAAAUCUGAUAUUUCUUCAGAAAAUGGUGGAGAUAAAACGAUAGAUCAUGGAGAAUUCAACGAGAAAGAAAAUGGCAGACAAUCUCUUCGCGAGUUGUGGUGGGAAUUUCUUUCGGAAACGACAUGUCAUGGAUUAGGAAAAGUUGGCUCGAUGCGCAGGAACAGACUCCGAGGAAUACUUUGGAUGGUGUUUUUGAUUACGUCAAUGUCGACCAUCAUCUGGUUUCUGGUGGACGAAGUUCGCAGCUACUAUUCCUAUCCAUAUCUGAGUAAGACAUCUCUGGAGACCUUUAAACGGAUGCCCUUUCCAGCCGUGACCAUCUGCAACAUGGGCUCCAAGAACAAAUCAAGAUCCUCCAAAACAGAAAAAGACGAACUGUAUUGGCUAUCUAUAUCCAGUAUGUCUGUUUUCUCCUCAAAACGAGUCAAUUGGACCGACUCCUAUUACGAAGAAAAUGGUUAUUUCGAGCCAAUAAGUCUUGAGCAAGAGUUAAGCAUGGGCAUGGAUGUAUCCAAGUUCAUACUGUCCAGCGCUUUCGACUUUAUGGGUGAGCUUGAGUUCGAGCCCAUUCUGACGUCACUGGGGGUGUGUUAUACCUGGAAUGGCGACGGUAAGGCGACGACAAAGAUGAGCGGUUCGCUGUAUAACCUCCACCUCAUACUGGACAUCAACAGAGAGCUGUAUGAGGCGGGUUUAACCACCUCAACAGGCGUGAAGGUUAUAGUACAUGAGCCGGGUACCAUAGCGGACCCUAUCAACCAGGGGUUUACUGUGGCCCCGGGGGUGUCAGUCCUAGCAUCGGUCAGCAAGAAGCGGUUUACGUUCCUGCCCUACCCGUUCCAUGCAUUUGUAGAAGACUACUGCCUGGACACAAUGGCCCCGGAUUUCAUUAACAAAUUCCACCCGCUACCCUACAGUGUUGGUGCCUGUAAAAAGUUUUGUUUCGCUGAGAAGAUUUUCAAGAGAUGUGGAUGUGUACAAGUGGGCGAUUUAGGUAACCAUUCCAUAUGCUCGAAGUACCAAAUUUCUACAUGCUACCUAAAGGAGAUGGUUAGACUUUUAUACAAGGACGUUAAAGAUGAUGCCAGCUGCGAUUGUCCACAUCCAUGCGAGCAGACGACAUAUGACGUCAUAGUAUCAACUAGUCAGUUUCCGUCUGACCUCUUUGUCAAGACUCUGGAGUCUCACUUGAAUAUGUCUGAAGAACGGAUAAGGUCCAAUCUUCUGGAAAUAAACUUAUUCUACGACAAGCUAUAUUAUUUAUGGGUGAGACAAAUACCAAAAUAUGAAAGGAUUGGAGACGUUCUAGCCAGCAUUGGUGGCCAGAUGGGAUUAUUCAUUGGAGCGAGCGUUCUAACCAUUAUGGAAUUCAUAGAAAUCAUAUUCCUACUGCUGUUUUUUAUUUUAAAACGACUGAGUUCUAAGCAUAGAAAUUCUUUGGAAAACGCUGACAUUUGAGCUGACAUUCGCGUACACCGGAAAAAAAUCGUGCCAGGAAAUCCUUGACGUUGAGCGUUCAAUGCGACAACGAACUCUUUAAUUUAAAGAUAUCUUUUAUAACAUGCAAAUCUAGAUUUUAUAUUCGUUUUACGUUUGUUUUUCAUUUCUGGAGAAUAUGACGUACGGCGCGACGUCGACUCGUUGACGGAAGUAGUUUUCCUUUUAACGUUUGGGGACAAAUAAUUCGUCGUCAUUAAGAUAUUUCUAUGGUGGUUAACAAGGCAGUUUCAAUUGAUGUCUGAAAGAAACUUAGAGGUGUCUUUUCGAUGUGACGUUACUCUUGGACCCAGAGAGAAACGCUGGGGAUAUUUUUAUUUUAUGGAACUGUAUUUUUCAGCGAACGAUUAUGUUGAGAUUUCCUACUCUUGUAAAAUCAGCAUUACGUGGAAUGUUUACUUUAUUUCAAGUUAUCAAAAGAUAUGCUAUAGAUUGAUAAAGUAGUAAUGAUAAUAAGAAAGCUGAUGGUUAUGCUACACUACAUAGCAUUCGAUUUAUAUGUUUUGACAAGGCCGAAUUAAAAAAAGCCAGAUCAUUCUUAAAAUAUAUAUAUUCAAUUGCUACUAAGUAUUGCAUUAAAUAAAAAUUUCACAGAUAUGACUUGUAGCGGCAAACAA